CAUGGACUUACCGCCAGACAAAGCGAAAUUACUUAAGAAUUACGAUGAUGAAAAGAAAUGGGACAUAAUUUGUGAUCAGGAAAUGGUACAGGCAAAGGAUCCACCAUCCCAUUAUUUGAACAAAUUGCGCACAUACUUGGAUCCAAAAGCAUCUCGAAGUCAUCGGCUAUACUUCCUCUACUUUCUUUGUCAGAAACGUAAAAUGGUCGGUGAGUCCACAUCGACACAGGUGCUGCGUGAUCUCGAGAUCUCGCUACGUACCAACCAUAUCGAAUGGGUUAAGGAGUUUCUCGACGACACGAAUCAGGGCCUCGAUGCACUUGUAGAUUAUCUAAGUUUCCGGCUGCAGAUGAUGCGACAUGAACAGCGCGUUGAAGAAGCACUCUCCGACUCAGACGAACGCUUGAAUAUGACUAGCAGCCAAACGGUGGGAGGUGGUACGGGCUCAAGUGCCGCGGAUGGUCUGGGUAGUUCAUCGGUGGGAGUAAGUUCUCCUCUUAGUGGUAGCAUUAAUUUAGAUGGUGCACGGCAUCAUCAACAUUCACAUCACUCUGGCGGAAGUCUGAAUGGUUUUUUGCGUCCCUCGCUGGCCGAGGUGCUCGACAGUCCCAGCAUUAAGCGACGGUCCAGACAUAUAGCCAAAUUAAAUAUGGGUGCAUCCACCGAUGACAUACAUGUGUGCAUAAUGUGCUUGCGAGCUAUAAUGAACAACAAGUACGGCUUCAACAUGGUUAUUCAACAUAGGGAAGCUAUCAAUUGUAUCGCGUUGAGCCUGAUACACAAAUCGUUGCGUACGAAAGCACUGGUGCUAGAGCUGUUGGCUGCCAUUUGUCUGGUGAAGGGUGGUCACGAAAUUAUUUUGUCGUCUUUCGAUAAUUUCAAAGACGUGUGUCAGGAGAAGCGCCGCUUCCAAACACUAAUGGAAUACUUCAUGAACUUUGAAGCCUUCAACAUUGACUUUAUGGUAGCGUGUAUGCAGUUCAUGAAUAUUGUAGUCCAUUCCGUAGAAGACAUGAAUUAUCGUGUGCACCUGCAGUAUGAAUUCACAGCACUUGGCCUGGACAAAUAUCUGGAGAAACUGCGUAUGACUGAAUCGGAGGAGCUCAAGGUGCAAAUAUCCGCUUAUUUGGACAAUGUUUUCGACGUGGCAGGACUAAUGGAGGAUUCCGAGACGAAGACUGCUGCCUUAGAACGAGUUCAAGAACUUGAGGAUCAGUUAGAGCGCGAAGUUGAUCGCAACUCAGAAUUCAUGUAUAAGCUUGCUGAGCUCGAGACAGAGGUGGCAGUGUUAAAAGCAGAACGCGAGGACUUAUUAACCACGAAACUGAAAUUUGAUGAAGAGGUCACAACGUUGCGUCGUAUACUCAAGCAGAAUGAGCAGGAACUAAAGAAGCGUGAUUCCCUGCUUCAAAGUAAGAAUCUCGAACUGCAAACAUUAACGCGUUCAUUGCCGCGCUCCGGUUCGAAUAGUGAGACGUCCCUGCAAAAUGGCGGAGCUUCGCCGGACAAAUGCGCUUCCCCUCCGUUGCCUCCACCGCCGCCACCACUGCCAUAUGCCAUGUCACCUACCAACUCGGCACCUCCGCCACCUCCUCCGCCCGCACCACCAGCACCACCACCACCACCUCUUGCGCCCGGUGGAUCCAUGAGCAAUGGUGGUACACUUUCACCCACAAUGUCUGCAAAUGGUGGAUCAGUGGGUUCACGUUCACCACCUUAUGGUUCUGGUCCAAAUGGCGGACCAAUGAUGUGUGCGUUCCAGCCGCCGCCGCCACCUGUCGCCGGUUUCAUGCCUGCUCCAGAUGGUGCCAUGACAAUCAAACGUAAAGUGCCGACGAAAUAUAAACUGCCAACACUUAACUGGAUAGCUUUGAAGCCAAAUCAGGUUCGUGGAACAAUUUUUAACGAAUUGGAUGAUGAGAAAAUCUUUAAGCACAUUGAUUUCAACGAAUUCGAGGAGCGCUUUAAAAUCGGUAUUGGUGGAGGAUUGACAAAUGGUAGCAGCUCUGAAGUAGAUGGCCUGCACUCUUAUCCCAGUAAGCGGUUCAAGAAGCCGGACAAUGUGUCACUAUUGGAGCAUACGAGAUUACGAAAUAUUGCAAUAUCUCGUCGCAAGUUGGAUAUGCCUAUCGAUGAGGUUAUUGCCGCCAUACAUAGCUUAGAUUUGAAGAAACUCUCCCUGGAAAAUGUGGAGCUGCUGCAGAAGAUGGUGCCCACCGAUGUGGAAGUGAAAUCCUACAAGGAAUACAUAGCUGAGCGUAAAGACCAAAAUCAACUCACCGAAGAGGAUAAAUUCAUGUUGCAAUUGUCGCGCGUAGAACGCAUUUCAUCUAAGUUAUCAAUUAUGAAUUAUAUGGGCAAUUUCUUCGAUUGUCUGCACCUGAUCAGUCCACAAAUACAAGCUAUCACCACUGCUUCAAAUUCUCUAAAGAAAUCAAUGAAAUUUAAGGCCGUGCUAGAAAUUGUAUUAGCUUUCGGCAAUUAUCUCAACAGCAGUAAACGAGGUCCCGCUUAUGGAUUCAAAUUACAGUCGCUUGAUACCUUAAUCGACACGAAGUCGACUGACAAACGCACAUCACUCCUGCACUAUAUUGUGGCAACCAUCCGCCAAAAAUUCCCUGAGCUGCUCAACUUUGACACAGAGUUGUAUUGCACAGACAAAGCAUCGCAAGUAUCGUUGGAAAACAUCGUGACAGACGUACAUGAUCUUGAAAAGGGCAUGGAAUUGGUGAAGAGGGAGGCGGAACAACGUGUGAAAGGUGCACAAACGCAUAUCCUGCGCGAUUUCCUUAAUAACUCUGAGGAUAAAUUGAAGAAAAUCAAAAUGGAAUUAAAGAAUGCUCAGGAUGCAUUCAAAGAAUGUGUUGAGUAUUUCGGAGAAUCCUCGCGCAACGCCGAUGCAGCAGCGUUCUUUGCAUUGAUUGUGCGUUUCACGCGAGCAUUUAAGAUACACGAUCAAGAAAACGAACAGCGUCGUCGUCUAGAGCAAGCAGCUGCCCAGGCUGCAACCAAAAAAGAAAGCGAUCAAGUAUUACUGCGCAACAAAAUGAACCAGAAAAAACAACAGUUGCCCGGUUGUGGCUUCUCCUUACAGGACGCUGUCAUCAACGAGCUGAAAAGCAAAACGAAUUCGGUGCGUGAAAAGAAGUUGCUGCAACAAGAUGAAGUUUAUAAUGGUGCACUUGAAGACAUAUUGCUGGGGCUGAAGAGCGAACCCUAUCGGCGGGCCGAUGCAGUGCGACGCAGUCAACGCAGACGCAUCGAUAACAACCGCCUCUCGCGAACACUCGAAGAACUGGACGUCUAAAGCGAAAGCGAAGAUGAAAAAUACGAAAGCUCGGAAAAAUUAAAAACAAAAAAAAAAACAAAAAUGCUCCAUGUACAAUUAUAUUUACAAUACUAUUUUACAAGUAACAAAUUUAAUUGUAUUUUCUACAAUAGCAUAAAAUGUUGAGUGAAGACUAGGGAUUUUUGAUACAUUUUUCAAAACAGUUAUAUACAUACAUAAAUAGCAUACAUACAUAUGUCAUCCACUUGGGCACAUUCUAAAUGCAUUAAUGUAAAGUGUGCAUAGUCUUUAUUCCUAAGCCAUAGGAAAUGUUAAAGCCCAAUAUGCGCAAAUACGGCGGAAUGCUAAUCUCAAACUAUUGCAAGUUGUGCAAAUUGCACAUUUUCAUCUUUUGAGUUUGAUACGAUAGAUAGACGGUAGCGAAAAUGCAAAUUAAUGCGCAUUAUUGCAUUUAAACUGAAUUUACCGACUCCAAUAUGGCAACACCGUCCAUAAUUUACACCUGUUUACAAUAUUUUGGUAAUGAGUCGUAUUCUUUAACAACGAUUUUUUCUUAAUUCUGCGCUUCAAUGUAUGCAACAUGUUUGCCCAACUCUAAGCAAAUAGGUGGAAGCGGGGCAAAACCGAAAACCGUUACUUAUUUUUCGUGAUUUUGCCAAGUGUGACGUCAGACACCUUAACCCUUUCGGUCCGAACGGGACUUAUAUGUCCCGGCAAUGUUUGAAGAUACC